GGAGCUAUGGAGGCUGAUCCUUCAGUCCUUUUAGAGUGGCUAGAUUCUAAAAACAGCGAUUUGCAGUUGACUGCACUCGACCAGCUCUGUGUGGAAAUACUCUUCUCUGACAACGUAGAUGUGUUCUGUGAACGAUUUCCACCACUUUGUUUCAUGCCCGUUCUCUGUCGAAUUUUCAUGGAUGAUCAGGUGCCACCGGCUGUUCUCGAGGCCAAUGCAAGAGCGGUUUCUUACUAUUUGGACAUGCAUCUGGAAUGGUGCCGAUAUCUUACCCAAUCCGACGAGGUCAUCAGCGCUCUGGCGUCUCACCUCGAGUGCGUGGACAUGAGCUCCAACAAAAGCAACGAAUUUGGUCAACAGCUUAUAAAGCUCAUGAAGAUUAUUUGCAGUCAAGACUCAAAAUGUCUCUACGCUAAUGGUGGCCUCACUGCCGUGUUGCACUUCAUUCAAAGCAACGCAUCCCUGCUGCACACCGAUGUUUUACGGGCUGGUAUGGAUCUAAUCAGACGAUUGUUCAGCAAAGCCAACCCAAAUGAUGGCACUCUGGCUACCUGGAUGCAGUCACUGCGUGCACUUAUGGACUGCAGGGAACCUGGUGUGGCGGACCAAACAUUACGAGCCUUUGCCAAUCUAGUCUCUCGGUUCGCACAAACAGGCGCCGACCCUAGCCCCAUUGCUGAUCCCCACAUAAUCGAUUGUUUACUACGCCGACUCCGUGUUGCAGGUGGUGUCGAAGCCGUCAGUCAUUCGUCUGAACCAGGAACGAUGACCUCCAGUUCAAGCACAGCUCCCUCGGAUCAUAUCGGUACAGGAGACCUCCAUUCCAGCCGUGAUCUCUCCCUCAACUCAGAGUGCAACCCCCUUGUGGUUCACGCUAUCACAAACAUACUCAUCACUCUGUGCUGCACCUCUACAACACUGACUCAAAAGCUUUUGACUACUGAUGGACAAUUCGCAACCACUUUGGCGAUGGUAAUGCAGCGCAGCGACGACGAAGCUGUGGUGUUGAGUGUUCUGCGCUUGAUUAACGUACUUUUGGUGCUACUGUAUCAGAGCCCCUCCGCAGAUGCACCUAGUUUACCAACUUCCCAGCCUCCUGAUGACGCUCAAGAAGAUGGUGCCACUGGGUUACGAGCUCAAAGCUUAUCACUACCAAAGUCACCUAUUGUUUCAGAAGGAAUUUCAUUAAAGACCUUGACAGAAAAUAUUCCAGACAUGACUUCACAGACGGUCGAUGAGUAUGCGUCCGAUAAAGACACUCGAAGUGGUUGCCAGAAUAGGGAUUUACUUCAUCGCCCCGUAAUUGAAGCCAUUAAACGUCAGGAUUUGGAUUUUUUGCGAAGUGUCCUGGCGUCUGGCUCAAUCGAUGCAAACUAUACCGAUCACUUGGGGCAGACGUUGCUCAACUGGGCUGCUUCGUUUGGCACACCUGCGAUUGUGGAGCUGCUAUGCUCUCAUGGCGGCAAUGUGCAUCACGGCGUCCGUAGUGCAUUGGAUUACGCUGCCACGUUCGGACGAGUCGAAGUGUGUCGAGCGUUGUUGUCCUUGGGAGCCGAUCCGAAUCUUCGUGAUGACCAAGGUCUUCGUCCUAUUGACCGUGCUCGUAAUCACUUACCAUAUCCUGGAUGCCAGCAAGUUAUCGACUUACUCGAGUCGGAAAUGAAGCGCACAGAUCGCGUUGUGACAUCCCCCACUCGACCAGACUCCUCAAAAAUGCCUAUGGAUCCAGACUCCGUCGGCCCUGCAUCACAUACUUUCAAGGACAAUGCUUCUGGCUUUGCUGCCCAAAAUGUGUUUCUCGAUCGUCUGUUUCCUGUUAUAGUCAAUUUGUUUGAUGAUAAUACUUCGUCUACCGUACGACGACAGUGCAUCCUUUUGGUCCGGAGAAUGAUUAUUUUCGCUCACCUGGAUCAAUUGGAGAAGAUUAGUGCAAUGAGUGUCCGAUCUCUACCUUUCUCUUUCUUACUGACCCAAUUUAUCUACAACGUUUUUGUUCAGGAAGUCGAGGAAUUCGUUUUGCACACCUUGGAGCUGACACACUGUCUACUGCUGAAGCUCCCACAAAUCUAUACCCCGGUGUUUUACCGUUUCGGCCUUCUACCACUGAUUAAGCAACUGUGUGAUGUCUGGACAUAUCUUCUCCCCGAACCAGCUGAUCUGUCGCUUCCACCCACCCCCAUCAUAAGAGUCAAGGCUUCUCCAUUGAAAUCAAGCGAUACCAUGAAAGAACCGUCGCCAUCGGGUGCAGCAGAUUCUCAAGUGGAAUCUGCCGCCUCUGUCUCGGAGGCCAGAUCAUUGUUGGCAUCAUCCAAACAGUUACGUAAAAAUCAACUCUACACAUGGCACUCUUGGUAUAUGAUUUGGAUAGGAGACCUGUUGUCCGUGUUCAACCGCUGGGCUUUCGUCAGUAUCCAGCUCCAAAGUGACGAUGGUCGGUUACGUGCCCUGGCUGUGCACAGCGGGGGUAACGGUGAUCGCAUUCCCAUAUUGUUGCAGCCGGGGGAGGCGCCCGUGUCUAGACCAGGUUUGAAGCGCCACAUGUUGCGACUGCAUGAACAUCUUAUUGAGGUCAGCGAACGCCUGGAAGAAAUUGCUUUGUGGUCCUCGCGAACAGAAAACCCAGAGCCUCCAAAUCCAGAAGCUCCCUGCACCAAAUUCGAUGAACGAAUUCCAAGGUCCAUUUCUAAGAAAUCACAAAUAAGCAGAAGUAAUUGGCGUCGUGUGGGCAAACAUCUUGGUCUUCGCCGACCCCCAGACCAUCCAUAUGCUUCCAAGUCCCGGGACGCUAACACAUCCAAAGCUAUGCUCCAGCGACAAGCUUCUUCACCCGCCCGCGCCUGCAUAUCUGCCCGCUCUUUUCCUACGUCUUUCACUCUGAAUGGAAAUGAUAUGUUCGAUGUACUUACUGUCAGCCCGGUGUAUUGCACUCUGCGCAGAGGAAUUCGCAGCUCUCGACUGUGUGUUCAGCUGCAUGAUCCAAAUACGGUCAAAUCUCAAACCUCAGAGCCUGACACUGCCAUUAGAGAGGCACUUCUUUUUUCCGAAGAUGCUGAUCAAGGUUUCAGUCGUGUACGGAUCUAUCCACUAUACCAUGAGCCUGGGACUUUGGUUCAACAGGAAGACACAUCCCGACGGAUUGCCCAUCACAAGCCAACUGAUCCUCCCCCCGGACAAAUGGAAACGACUUCGCGUCGUUUGUAUGAUCGAGCCCAAUCCGGCAGCUUGCUAACUCUUAUGUCUCAGUUGGACUCAGAACUUCGCUCUGAUGAUUCUGGCACUUUGACUGAGGCUCCCGAUUGUGAGUCCAACGUCCCGGAGUUGUAUGACUUUGAUGUUCUCUUUGGAGUGCACGAUUGGGACACAUGUGGCGAAGUUACAAAUGACUCGGAAAGCAAUCGGCGCUUUCCAUUGCUUGGCUCUCCAGAUGCCCUCAUUCUCACCGCCGAAGUCACCAGUGAGCUGCGGCGCCUGAACGAAAUCCUUUUUCCUCGUGAAUUGGUUUACGAAACAUUUUCCACUGGUCCCCUGUCCAACUGGCUUCGUGUAGAUUCCGAAUGUCUGGCAUCGGAGGAAAAGGACCAACGGGAAAGAGAACGGCACCAACUUUAUUCUGUUCGAUACCAGGCUUUGAAGUUAUCAAAACGUAUUUUAUGGCUUCUGAAAACCGGACCCAACUCUUCAAUCAAGUCGGAUCCUUGUUGCACUUUUAAGAUACUACGAGCAAUAGUCGCAGAUGUUUGGCGUGCUUUCGAUGGUGACAUAUUAUCGCAAUCUUCGAAAACCUUGGAUUUAUUGUCAAAUGCGUUCGCACAGAUGGCGAGUUUGUUGGCCUCUGGUGAACAGUCUAUGACUGCUUACGAACUGUCUGUCAGUGGACUGGUUCCAGCCCUCCUACUGUGCCUGUCAGCCGACCAGGCAGGUCGUUGGAAUUGCCCGACAAUACCUGCCGGUUUGGAUGUAAUGACUGCCUCCCUUUGGUACUUGCACGAGCGACGCCGCGUCUUCGCACGUCACUUUUUACACGGACCCGGCUUAACAUGCUUAAGCCGCCUUUCGAGGCGUUUGGUUCAAACAUUCGAGAUGGUGGAACACUUACCGCUUCGAUUGUUCUCUCUUGCAUCUGGCAUGUCGGACAAGAACUCGCGCCCGGAUCCUUCGGCCUCUCUUCAGACGCCGAACACCAGUGUGGAGGAUGUGAGGCCCUUUCGAUACGAAGACUUCGUACUUGCAGGUUUUCCACUUGGUGUCAUCCGGUCCGUGAACACUUCGCAUGUGGAACGUCGUAGCAGCUCGGUGACCUCUCUGGGUUUGAACGAAGCUCAUCUUUUCGCGGAUUGCUUGGAUGCAACUGAAGUAGCAGCCUUGACAACGUUUUGUUCGCAGCUGAUAGUGCCAGAUGAUAACGCGAUGAAACAGUUGGAAGGUCGAAUAAGUGUAACUCUUCAGAAACUACCCCAUGCGAGUAGCACACUCGAGUCGGAUAACUUAAUUGACUGGAGCAAUACCAACCUUCGCGUCAAUCCGCUUGCCACAUGUGCCCAAAUAGAAUCCUUUCUAUUCAAGAUGUCCGCUAAGCAAUGGUAUGAUAACCCUCGGACUAGUCUUUGUCACUGGCUGCAGUUAGACCAGCAGGGUGACCGAGGAAUCACGUUCCCUGCGCCACCGGAAACCAACAGCACCAAUGCCAGCGACUCCUUAGGCGGCGUCAUUGAUUGGUUGGCUACAAAUGGUGGCUGUUUACCCAUCGAAGAUUGGGUCAAUCCGGCUUUGAUCGGUCUGGUGAGCGUGGCGAGCUCCAUGGGAAGUCAACCCGCUUGUCUCCUCGGACCUCGUGCUGGCGCGCUCAUCGGUGGCUACCCAGUCCGUUGCAUGGGAAUUGGAACCUUCGCUAAGCCGCGACGCACAUGCAACGCCAACCGGAGCGAUGAGGGUGGUCAGUCGAUCAAAGGGAAAUGCGGACCUCGAGAUGAUGGUGCAUCAAAUCACAGCGAAAAAGCUUGGUUAGCCAUUGAUUUGGGUCUGCAAUUGCAACCGACGGCCUACAGUUUAGCGUACUUGCGUCAGGCAGAGGCCCGCUCUUCUCCCUUAGCUCCGAGGAAUUGGAAUCUCGAGGCAUCGAACGAUGGUAUUUCAUGGACCGUUUUACGUUCGCAUGUGGACGACACAAGUAUACAAUCCGUAUCAGACAGCCGUGCCACUUGGAGCCUGGAGUCGGCACCAAAGCCAAGUCCACCUGUCGUGUUAGACUCGAAUCGCACAUCUCGUACUGUCCAUAGUGACCGCAUAACUCAAGGUUGGCGAUUCUUCAAAAUCCAAGCCACUGGACCUAACGCUUGUGGAACCGGUGAACUUGCUUUGGGCGGCCUAGAGUUUUAUGGUACUGUUUUGGUUCUUCAUGAAUCGGUGCUCUCUUCAUCCGUGCUCGCUUCAAGGGUGCAUCGGAAAGCGAAGACACCACCGUCGGUCAGUUCUCCUCCCAGGGCACCACUUGUACAGCUUUCAAGUGGCAUUGAUGAUCUUCGCCAUUUUUAUCACAUUGACCCAUCGUGUGUACCGGAGGCUGAGCUAAAUCAGGAACGGGAGGCCGCUGAUUCGGACUCUUCAUGCGCACAGGCAAGCACUUCUCCACACGGAUUAUCCUCUGCGUUGAGGGCUGUGCGAAACAUUUUCAGGAGCAAUCAGGCCUCCAGCAAAUCGUCUACAGAGAGCUCUGAAGAGAGUAACGAACUGGAGCAACAAAAAUCCCGCGAAGACCAGACUUCUUCUCCAACUCGGUGGCUCGAGGGUUUGGGCAUCUUGAACGACAACGAACCCUUGCUACAUUAUCUCCUCCUCUCGUCCGGUAGCGAAUCUUCGGAAAACAUUCGCCGCUUGUUGCGUGAUAUUCGAAAACAACCCCUGAGAGCUGAUUCACUUUCUAGGAGCUCGUCUACGGGAAAAUCGGACCCGAACCCAAUUGCGUUCCCUGAACUUAAGUUCGGUCGUCAGCCGUCACAAGCUGAUGCUGAGGGAGCACCGAGCGUUCUCGUGACUGAUUCAUCCGCAGAUGCCACGUCACAGGCUCCGAAGGGCGCUUCUGUUCCUCUCGAAUCUGAUGAACCAGUGGAUGACGGUCGUCUGACAGCCCCAUCAGUCCGCGUAGAAGAAAGUGGAAGGAUCGAGAUGCCACUUUGGCUACUUAGCCGAGAGGACUCGCCCACUUCCUGCCAUGGUGGUCAGCCUGCUGGUGGCUCUUUCCAAUCGAACACGGAAGAUUCCGCUGCAAUGGAAUUCGCAGAGACCGUUGAGGCAAUUAUUCAAAGCAAUAUCUCCUCUCAUUCACCCCCCUUCUCACGGGCUUUUUCGCCAACCAUACAAGACCCUUAUGAGCAUCUGAGAGAGAGUUCCCGCACUGAUCUAACCGAACUAGAGGCUUAUCUACAAAAAGUACGAAAUGAAAAAUUAAACCAAGAUCUCAUUCAACAGCAACCGUCUCAAUCACGCGCCGGGAAUACAGCAACUUGGACCAAGCAGGAGUGUGAUGCACAGGAUGCAUCUUACGAUUCAGGCCUGAAGACAGAAACUGUCACUAACCCGUUUGUAACCAUCAAUGUGGAUAACGCCAAGAAUUCUUCCGACGUACCAGCCUCUUUGAACCGUACUGACGAUUCUGGUGGCACUGAUCGAACUAUUCUUCGUCAGCAUAGUAUUAAUUCGUGUUUGGAUUCAAAGAAAACUCUUCACUUUAAGUCGGUCCAUAAGAACCAAGGAAAGUCAUCUUCUUCUCCGGGCCCUCCUAAAGGCACUCGACAGCGCCGACGGCCUCGUCGACCUCGUUCCCGACCUAUACAACCAGAAAAUGAGCCACAACUAUUCACCCUGCCUUCCGUAAGUGACUCGAAACCGGCCACUCGGAUUAUGCCUCUCUCCUGGAAUGCAGCGAUGGAAACCCUUAGACUUCCGACCGGUCUAAUACCGUCAUUCAACCCGACUCCAGGCGUUACGAACGCUCCAGCCACAACAAUGUUCACAUUGUGCAAUCCGUUUCCACUUUCGACUUCCCGUAAUGCGUCAACACUGCAUUCGGUGCCGUCCACCGGCACACGACACCGACUGAUGCUUCAGCUAUCAGCUUUGAUUAAUUCCCACCGCGUCAUCGAAAUCGCCAUGACGGAUCCGAGUCGUACGCUCUUCAGCUACAUCCAGGAACUGACCCAGGCCUUGCAAAUUACCAGGUCCCAUACGAAGCAGCACAUUUCUGAGGAUACCCAGGCAGUUAUGACUGAUGGGCCCUACACCAUUGAGUUGGGGUAUCAAAUGUGUGGAUACGAGGAGGAAUCAGCUUCAUUACACAAGUGCUGUCAAUCUGGAUUUAAUCCGGGAGCAUUCGUUGACCAUAGCGACAUGCGUUUCACUCCUUCUUUACGGCAUCCGGUCAAGUACAGUGCAGACGUCUUGAGUUACGUGACAAUGGCAGAGGACCAAGGAUCACUGGACUCUGUGUUCACUCAGCAAGAUGAAUUCAACACAUCUCUCACCCAGCCACCACCUGCUCCCGAGCACCUGUUGCGCCUGAUCAAAAUAAUCCAUCAACUUUCUGGCAUUUCAGAUCCCCGUUUACUUACCGCUGAUUUCGACGAUUUCACGAACCAGGGCCUAUCGCAGUCGCUCAGGACAGAUCCCUCAGGGGCAUUGCACUGUGUACAGCAUGAAGAUUUUAUCUCCAGUCGUUUGACAAAAAAACUACUUCGCCAGAUACACGACCCUCUGGCAUUGGCCUCUGGAGCGUUGCCGCACUGGUGCUUCAGUCUCACUCAUCGGCUGACACCAUUGUUCACAUUUGCGUCACGCCUAGAUUUACUGAGGGCUUGUGGAUUUGGGCCAGCUAGAGCUGUGCUUUGGUUGCAGAACCAGUCAACGAAAUUGGGUUCUCCCAACGUGACCCUUACUCGUUCACAAAGCGUUGGGAGUUCAGCUAGCAGUGGUCAUCACACCGCCACCCGCUCCAUCACGGUGGCCACUGCCCAUACUCUUGCGCUCUCGUCUUUGCUCAACACCGCAGACGACAAUGCUGCCAGUGAUUUGCCUCCCACCGACAGGGUGACUAUCCUGACACACACGAUGGGAUCAUCAACUGCGGAGGAGAAUCGAACCAAUGCGGAAACUUCCUUUUUGGAUUCGUUUGGUUCCAGUGUCGGGCUCCACUUACCCCAAGAGUUGAGUGAUGAAUGUUCCUAUGAUAACCUGAGCCGCUGCAUUUUGAAUCGAAUGCUAAGGAAUCAGGUAGUGCAACCGGAUAAUAAAACGUUGGGUCAAAUUGCCCGACUACACAAAGAGUUUGUCCGUGUUCCUCGCUUACCACAAGAACUCCUCGUUGACUCGAGUGAUCGCAUGGGUGGACAAAUUUCCUCUGAAAAGCGGGGCUCUGCAGUACUGCCGAAUUUUUCGUUCCCAGUCACUUUUUGGGAUUGGGCUGCGCGCCUGAUGGAGCAACACGCCAAUCGCAAAUCUGAGCUGGAAAUUCAGUUCGUCGGAGAAAAUGGUACAGGACUCGGGCCAACGUUAGAAUUCUAUUCUCUACUGGCUGCUGAACUCAGACGUCGCGAUGGCAUGAUGUGGGUUGUAGACGAUAGCUCCAUAGCAGACCAGAGCGCCCACGAUCUUUCGACAAUACCAACCCUUGCAAGCUUGUCUGCACAGGAGGAUUACAGGCAUUCGAAUUUUGGACCCUCUCCUGAGGAUGAUAUGGACUUGGGUAUUGAGGCAAGCGCCUACGUGAACACGCCCCAUGGUCUAUUCCCUGCCCCUUGGCCACCGGACCGGCUUCCUGACGGAGUGCUGUAUCGCUUCUACAUAUUAGGCAUUACCGUUGCUAAGUGUCUACAGGAUAAUCGGAGAAUCGAUUUGCCCUUAUCUCCUCCUCUUCUGAAAUUGCUGUGCUCCUAUGGUCGCAACUUUGCUUUGAACAGGGACGAUAAGGAAUUGGGUGGUCUCGAAUCUGCCGUCGAUCAGCUUAUUGAUGGCCACUCGGAACCCAAUCGACGGACAAGUCGGGAAGAUGGUGAUUUCGGCUCCGUUAGCGCGGCUGAGGAGAUGCUGGUGAAGAUACCCAUAUUCACUGAAGAUAACGAGGACCCAGCAUCAAUGAUUGGCGAACUGUUGGUAUCAUCUUACUACCGUCGCUUGUAUGACGCAGGUACUUGUCGCUCCAUCCCUCCCAAACACUGGUUGUCUGAGUUGCUGAAUUUUGACGACUUCUGCAUCGUGUAUCCCGAAAGGGCACCAUUUUUCCGUCGUAUAGUUCAGUUUUGCAGGAGAAAGCGUCUGCUCACAACUCAAGCUGGACCCCACCAUGUGGAUGUGAACACAUUAAAGGAACUCGCUGUCGAAAUCUUCGGUUGUACUCUGGAAGACAUGGUCAUCAGUAUGGAAUUUUUGCCCCCAUCUAAGGAGUUCGGGAACACCACAUUUCCUCUUCGCGACGUAUACGAUUGGGAACUCUCCUCGAUGGGAACGAUCAAAGCCCCCACCGCGUUCAGCUGCAGGGACUCAGAUUGGCAGAGCACCGAACCUGAACUUGUAACUGUUCAUAACAUUGAGCUCUACUUCACUCGAACUCUGGCUUUUUAUAUGGACAAAGGUAUUCGCAAACAAAUGGAUGCUUUCAGAGACGGCUUCGAAAAAGUGCUCCCUCUAAGUUGGCUCGCUUUAUUCACCGAAACUGAACUGGGGCAAUUGAUCGCCGGCGACUCGGUCACCCAGUGGACCAGGGAGGAUCUUUUGGCUUACACGGUGCCUUGCUUUGGAUUCACACAUCAGUCUCCCACAUAUCAGAUGCUUAUCAAUAUACUCAGCAAUUUCGAUCUACUGGAGCGUCGUGCAUUCCUCCAAUUCACCACCGGCUGUUCUAGUCUUCCUCCAGGUGGAUUGAAAAAUCUUCAACCUCGGUUGCGUGUGGUUCGCAAAGAACUCGGCACCGGCGCAUUUCCCAGUGUAAACACUUGCGUGCACUACCUGAAGCUGCCAGAGUACCAGUCAGAGGAUGAACUACGUUCUGUAUUACUGAGGGCCACAAAAGAAAUUGGUUUUUAUCUCAAUUGAACCGAAAAAAACGCUUUCAUUACCUGUACUUCCUCCUUUCAUCACUUUUAAUCUUGUUUUUGUCUCGGAAUAAGUACGAACUCCGCCUCCCUUGUACUAACUUGACAAUUGUCUCUUCACAUUUGCACCCUCCACCUGAAUGACUUGUUCAAAGUCAAACGAGUCGAGUAAUUUGUUUACAAGUUCCCUCCUUGUUUCUUUGCGUACGUUACACUGGAUGGGAUUGUGUUUUUUGCAUAAUAGUACGACACACCUUUUAAUCUACUGUUGUGUUUUCCCUUUUUGGUUCAAAGCAUUCACCCCUGUG